GGUGGGUGCGCGGCGGGCUGACCUCUGCAGAGGCGGCGGGGGCUCAGCAUCGGGCCGGGGCCGGGGGGGCGCCGGGGCCGGGGGGCGGCGCUCCGGCCCGGCCCGGCCCCGCCCGAUGUCCAUGAGCGCCAACACCAUGAUCUUCAUGAUUCUGGGGGCGUCGAUCGUGAUGGCCAUCGCGUGCUUGAUGGACAUGAACGCGCUGCUGGACCGAUUCCACAACUACAUCCUCCCGCACCUGCGGGGAGAGGACCGCGUCUGCCACUGCAACUGUGGCCGGCACCACGUCCACUACGUGAUCCCGUACGACGGGGACCAGUCUGUGGUGGACGCCUCCGAGAACUACUUCGUGACAGACAACGUCACCAAGCAGGAGAUCGACCUCAUGCUGGGGCUGCUGCUCGGCUUCUGCAUCAGCUGGUUCCUGGUGUGGAUGGACGGCGUCCUGCACUGCGCCGUGCGCGCCUGGAGGGCCGGCCGGCGCUACGACGGCUCGUGGACCUGGCUGCCCAAGCUGUGCAGCCUGCGGGAGCUGGGCCGGCGGCCGCACAGGCCGUUCGAGGAGGCGGCCGGGAACAUGGUGCACGUGAAGCAGAAACUCUACCACAACGGUCACCCGAGCCCGCGGCACCUCUGAGCCGCGCGCAGGACUCGCGGGGCCGCCGGCCACCGCGCCCACGCUCACGGGACUGGACGGCCGGCCCGGGCCAGGGCGCCCGCGGCCGUCGGGCGCGUCCGGCGGAAGGUGCUGUCUCCUCUUCUUUUUAUAAAGGUGGUCGGGGUGGGGCCGGGGCGGGGGUGCGGGGAUGGCGGCACCGGGGGCGCGGGUGGGACCGCCCGCCCAGCCCGGGACCACGUCCACCGCUGGAAACAGGCGGCUUCCUGUGCGCCCGCGUCUGUCUCUCCGUCCGUCCGUCUGCUUUCCGGAGCCGGAGCCAGUUCUGCCGGAGGGGAGCACGGCCGGGAGCCGGGUGCGCCCACGUCUGCACACGGGAGCACGUGCAUGAGGCGUGUGCGUCCGCGGCCCGCAGUGGGGGCGCGGAGCAGGGGCCCGGGGGAGGCCCAGGCCCAGCAAUAAGGCUCCCGAGCCCCGCGGCGGCAGCCCCGGCUAGGCGCCUCACUGUGACUCCCACCCCUGCUGGUCAGUAAAUUCUCCAGAA